AUGGCUCUGCAAUCUCUUCAUAACUGGUUUAGAAACUAUAUAACCUCAAUCAAAAGAAUAAGUAACCCAGGUGAGAGUCGGAUUGAGAAUGAGUCACCAAAUGAACAACAGUACGACAUUCCUGAGGCCUGGGUCAAUCUAGACGAGCUGGCAGUGACGAGUCCGGUCGAGAAUACUGAGGAAAAUGCAAUUUAUCGGCACCACGACUUGGAGGAAACAAGAAGCCGCCAACAAGAAUGGAAAAGGCACAACGAGCAACUUAGGAGAAGUAGCAUACCCACGGCUACGAGUGCAAAUAACCAGGAUAAAGAAGAAAAGGAGAAGGGAAACCGCGUGUCCCGGUUAGCCACGCAAAUAUACACGCUGUCAUAUCUGAUAUUAUUUUCCAUUCUUGGGACACUUGCCCGGAUUGGACUGACAGCACUAACAUUCUAUCCUAACACCCCAGUUUUGUUUACCACAAUCUGGGCAAACUUCGGAGGAAGUCUCAUCAUGGGUUUUCUUGCGGAAGACCGCAUGCUCUUCCGGCAUGAAUGGGGAACUCCAACAUACGACGAACAAUUAGCUCAGGCAAGAAGAGCAGAGGUAGAUGAAGAAAGUGGCUCGAGUUCUUCCAUGACUGUUAUUGAUCUCAUCGCGGCGAAGAAAGCACACCUGUCAACCAAGAAAACAAUCCCACUGUAUAUUGGAUUGACAACUGGAUUUUGCGGCAGCUUUACAAGCUUUUCAACUUUCAUAAGAGAUGUAUUGCUGGCUCUAUCAAACAAUGAAUUCGAAUUGCCCACUACAGACCGAUCUGGAGGUUACUCCUUCCUAGCAAUGCUAGCAGUCAUUAUCACUACGGUCUGUUUGACAUUAUCAGCACUACAUAUUGGCGCACAUUUGGCUAUUGGAACGGAGAAAUAUAUUCCUUCUCUCCCAUUUCGUUUUGUUCGAAAGUUCUUGGACAGGGUCGUCGUCAUUCUUGCAUGGGGCGGCUGGGCUGGUGCUAUUUUAUUAUCUAUUAUGCCACCAGACUUAAAUUGGCGUGGCAAGGUAAUCUUUGCGCUUGUAUUCUCUCCUGUGGGAUGUCUAGCUAGGUUCUAUCUCGCGUUGUACCUCAACGGAAGACUAUCAUCGUUCCCUUUGGGGACAUUCCUGGCCAAUAUCCUCGGUACUGCAGUUCUUGGCAUGUCAUGGGAUAUUGCUCACAGCGCCUCCGUAGGCAGCAUAGUUGGGUGCCAGGUUUUACAGGGCAUAGAAGAUGGAUUCUGUGGGUGCAUCACCACAAUCUCCACUUGGGUGGCGGAAUUGAACAGUCUUCGCCGAUUCCAUUCGUACAUUUAUGGGACCGCGAGCGUGUUAGUAUCUCUUGUCAUGCUUGUUGCCAUUAUGGGAGGAUUGCGUUGGACAGAAGGUUUCACAUCUCCAAUAUGCAGCUGA